AUGUUUGGUCUGAAAACUGACACCAAAGAAACGAUUAUGUCUUGUGAUGUCACACAAGAAGAUCUCAAGGCUUUUGAGAGACGUCUGACGGAAGUGAUAGCAUGUCUGGAGCCACAGACCCGCAAAUGGAGAAUCUUAUUAGUGGUCAUCUCUUUAGCCACACUUAUAGGUGGUAUUCAGUGGGUGUCGGAUCCAAUCACAUCUCAAGUGUCAUUCAUUGAAUCUCUUGUGAAUCAUUUGUUUUUUACGACGAGUUGCAUACUAUUGACAACUUUAUUCAUAUUUGGUGUCCACCGAAAAGUGGUUACCCCGCAGGUCAUCGUAUCGCGAGUCAGAUCUGUUUUGCACGACUUUAACAUGUCAUGUGAUGACUGCGGAAGACUUAUACUUAAGGCUCAUUCACAGUCUUCUCGAUCGUCAUCAAUGGCCAGACAUUAAUUGCCAUUCAUUUGGCCACAAAUCACAAGUGUCUUACAAUAUAUAAUCAAGUUUUAGGU